AUGGGCUCCAUGAUUACGACUAGCAAAGCCUCAUUGCACUAUCAAGACUAUGAUAGUCUGCCGGACCCAAAAAGAGCCUGGGCGGGCAAGCCAGGGUCUAGGGAAGAAGGUCUGGGUCGUCUCGUACUACUCACACCAGAAGUGGUAGCCAAAGCGGCAUCAUACAUCAAGACAGGCCGCCGUACCUCUUUGAACUGGGAACUGACCAAGCUUGAUAUUGCCAACUUCAAUCGAGCCCCAGCCCAGCAUCACAUUGUCUCGCUUUUAGAUGGCGCCGCAUAUGAUGAUGUAUAUAUCUUCAACCCUCAACAGUCGUCUCAAUGGGAUGGACUCCGCCAUUUUUCUGCCCCUGCUCCAACUCCCUCAGACCCAAACCGUCGCCUCUUCUAUGGAGGAAUGACGUCGGGUGAGAUACAAGACAGAAACAACACUCGCCUAGGCAUCCAGCAUUGGGCCAAAGAGGGCAUUUGCGGUCGUGGUGUUCUCUUGGACUAUGUUGAAUACGCUCGACGCCAUUCAAUAUCCUACACGACAUUCUCAGAUCAUUCUAUUCCGCUUCAUGUGCUCCUUGAUGUCGCAAAAGAACAAGGCGUCAAGUUCCUCCGUGGAGAUAUCUUAUUCAUCAGAAUCGGAGUUGUUAAGGAGUGGGAUCAGCAGAUGACAGCAGCUGACAAGCUGGCUUAUGCGCAAAGCUCAAACCCGCAACAUGCCGGAGUCGAAGGCACUGAAGAGAUGUUGAAAUGGAUAUGGAAUCAAGGCUUUGCAGCUGUGGCAAGUGAUGCCAUUUCCUUUGAAGUAUACCCUCCGCAGCCGUCUUAUAGGCGAGGAGAGAAUGCAUCAGUCAAAGGUUUAUUUAUGCAUGAAUAUCUUAUUGCAGGAUGGGGUAUGCCAGUUGGCGAGCUGUUUGAUCUUGAGGGCCUCAGUCGCAUUUGUCAAGAGGAGCAGAGAUGGGAAUUUUUUAUAACAUCGGCACCUCUAAACAUGCCAGGAGGCGUCAGUACUCCUCCAAAUUGUAUAGCUAUAUUUUAA